UGGCGAGAUCUGCUUUGGCGACGAUUCAAGAAACUUUCAUUUACCGCGUGUUUUAUCCGCUCAGCAGACACGAGGAAAAGAGUUCUUGGCUUCGAUGUCUACGGGCGCCACUAUAAGAACAUCCUGUUAAAAUGUUACAAAGAUGAUUAUUUGUUAUAUAUUAUGGCAUUUAGAAAGCAUGCAUAGGAAAGAUGAUGAGAGCUGACCUAAGAUGAGUCUUGAUUUAAGACGUCACAUCACUCACAACGUUUUAGGACAGCAUCAUCGUUGGCGUCGUUACUUUCCCUGUGUCCUCUUUGCUUUGAUAAUCGCCUUUUUACAAUUUUAUGCCCUCGUUGGAAACACUUACUUCAUCAAAAAUACACUUCAAACUUUGUCUAACCUUAGACAUCCUAAAGAAAACAACGAUCUGCACGUCCUGCUGAUAUCAUACGCAAGAACUGGAUCAUCAUUUGUCGGAGAUUUGCUGCAGAGUCUGCCUAACAGUUUCUACUAUUUUGAACCUUUGCAUUUUCUGAGCAGUCCUGUUUUCAACAGUAGUCACGAAGAAGCUAGAGAACUCUUGAAUAGGCUCUACAACUGCAAUGUCACAUCAGUUCAUGACUUCAUGAAAUGGCAAAAGAGUCACUCCAAUUAUAUGAAACUGAAACGCAGUUUUAGAUAUUGGAAAGAGUGCACUAAACUUCGUUCCUGUUACAAUGGAACAUUUUUGGACUCUUUAUGCAGGAAUCAGAAAUUGAUCAUCGCAAAAACAAUUCGAAUCAAGCUUAAAGAAGCGGCAGAACUAUUUGCAACACACCCACACCUCAAUCUUAAGAUUAUCUAUUUGUCUAGAGACCCAAGAGGUACUUUAAAUUCUAGAACGAAGUUUCCAAUCUCAUCAUGGUGCAAACAUGAUCCAAUGUGCUCGAAUCACAAAGUAUUUUGCUCUGCUUUGAACGAAGACUUGCAAACCGCGUGUGUGUUGUUAAAUGAGAGACCAAACGAUUUUAUGGUGAUCCGUUAUGAAGAUUUGUGCCUGAAUCCUUUAGCCAUUUCAAAUAGAAUGACACAGUUUCUUGGGUUUUCUGACAUACCUGGUGAAAUGGAAGAAUUUUUACAAACCCACACAGUUUUCAUUGGCAACAUAAAAGAAAAAUCCAGAAAACAAGGCCUCGAUGUUCCUUAUUCAACAUUCCGAAAUUCUUCGAUAACUGCCACUUCCUGGCGACAACAGAUGAAGUUUGAAAAAAUGAUUGAAAUACAAGACAAUUGCAAGAAUGCCUUAAAAGGAUUGGGUUAUUACUCUUACUCUACACCCGGUUCAGUGAGAUCGAAUAUAAACUUUGACAGUGAUUUAGAUAAUGCAAUGGAAUCAUUUUGCUCAAUGAACCACUGAAUUCGGUGAUGAUGUUAAAGUUAUUUUAUUUCAAAUGAGUUACUUUUUUUACUUGCGUUAGAUUCUUUCGAAAAUAUUUUGCAAUAUGAUAUUUAGGUUAAUGGUAGUGUGCCAUAUUUAUGUACCUGGUAGAUGCGUUAAUUAAAAAAACUGCGUCAACCGCAGCAUUUUUUUUGUUAAAUAAAUAACCCCCAGAAACUACAACAGUGACUUCAUUUGCUCCAAAAAAUUAUACAGGAAUAUAACGUUGUCAUGUUUUGCGCGAUCAAAAUUAGUGAGCACCCCACUGCGAUAUAUAUGUCCGUCAUCAAGAAUUUG